UAUGCUAACAGGUAGUUUACUACGUAAAACAACAACAUAAAUAAUGGUCAACAGCAGUAGCAGCAAAUAGCGCUUUCAAAUGUUCAAUGUAUUCGUUAAUUAUUUGACUAAGUGAAAAUAUAAGUAAAUAUUUUUAUCUACGCAAUCAUAGAAAUAUGUUUAUUUUGUAUAUGAUACAAUAUUAUACUAUUUUAUAAAUAUUUCAUAGUAGGUACAUAACCUUUUAGCAUACUGUCAAUACACUUUAGAAAUUUUAAAACGUCUAUAUAUUUUUCUUUAAAGAUUUUUAUAAUGUCGUGUAAGCAGUUUUAACAAUUUUAUAUUUAAAAUACAAAUGUAAUGGGUCGAAGUCAUACCCCGUCGCCUGGAAGACGACGUGAUCGUUCCAGGGAACGUGACCGCGACAGAGAUCGUCGAAGACGACGAUCUCGCGAAAGACGUCGGAGAUCUGCAGAACGUGACAGAGUAAAAUCAAGAGAUAGAGAUAGAGAACGAGAUCGUGAUCGAGACAGACAUAAACGAUCAUACAGUAGAUCUAGAUCUAGAGAACGAGACAGACCUAAGCCCAGAGCCAAAUUAUCUACGGCAGAACGUCCUGUUAUCACAGAGGCUGAUCUUCAAGGAAAAACACCGGAAGAACAAGAGAUGAUGAGAAUGAUGGGUUUUUGUGGUUUCGAUACCACCAAAGGUAAGAAGGUAGAAGGAAAUGAUGUAGGCGCAGUACAUGUUAUUCUAAAAAGAAAGUACAGACAGUACAUGAAUAGAAAAGGAGGUUUCAAUAGACCACUUGAUUUCGUGGCAUGAAUAUCUCAGCUUUUUAAUUUUCCAAUUGCUAAUAUUUUUUUAAUUCAGUUCUUUAUAAUUAAAAACAUAUAAUCCUCGUAUAUCCUCUUCCUUUUCUUUAAAGUUUUCACAACAUGAAUAAUUUAUUUCAUUGAGAACAUACAAUGCAUGAAUUAAUAAUGCGGCAAAAAAGUUCAUAGACAGUUUAAGUACAUUCUUGCUCUCAAUUAUAUUUUAUAUAAUUAAAAAAAAAUAAUAUACAUUUUCAUAUCAAUUAUAAAAA